AAAUAUGCUGCCACUACUGUAAUGGGUAUCAAUACUCUUGUUAUUUUAUCCAUUUUCUGCGUUAGUAAGCUAAUCAGUCCUCUGUGUGUCAUUUAAUGGUACACUUAGCGGGUAAUAAGAAAAAGAAACAGAAUGGGCGUGAUGUUAAACACACCCCACGAUCCUUUCCAGGAAAUACUUUCUUGAUGAUACGAGCUAGAAACGGGUCAGUGGCUAUUCGGGGAAUUCUGGGUAGGUGGUUAAUGCAAGUGUGUCCAAUUACAGUUCAUGUUAUAUUAGUGAAUAAUUUAUAUUCGUCGAGUGUAUUCACGUCGAUCCUUCUGUUCGUGCUGGUGUUGAUGGUAAUUGCAGGAAAAUUGUUCUACUUUAUGACCCACCUUCCUAAAGAUAAAAGCCUCGGAAAACCAGAAUGGCUCUCCAAGUUCGGUCUGUAAUAAUGUGCCUUGUCUUGAUGUGUAUUUUACAAUUACCUCAAACUCUGCGAUUACAUGACAUUCACUGCAAAUUGCCGUCUGAAAGAGGCAACACGUAUCCUUGUGAACAUGGAUGCAGAGAUGGGUACCGUGGGGAACACUGCAGUAUAUCAUGUAAUAUGCACUGUAUAUCAUGUGAUCGCAACACAUCGCAUUGUGAAAAGUGUGUAGGAGGAUAUUAUGGACCGUAUUGCACGCUCCCGUGCUUUGACAAGUGCCGGGUUUGUAACAUAUCUGGUCACUGCGAGGAAUGUAAAGAAGACAAUGUCACAGGCCCGAUGUGCGAGACCCCGAUUCACCUCACGACAACACCAACUAUGGACCCAGAUGUUACUGUGAAGCCACCACAACCUUGGUACACCAUUGUCACCAUUCUCUUCUCCGUAGUUAUGGGUAUUGUGAUUGUGUCACUUUUUCUGUAUUGCUGCUACGUGAAUACCGACUGGUUACAUAAAUGUAGAAAGAAGUUUUGGUUUUUCCAGAGUCAGCAAUCUGGACCACAUGCAACAGAAGGCGAACAGGGAUGAUGAAACGAGAGAAAACCUAGACGAACGUCCAAACGAAUCCACUCCAUAAGAAGAUGACGACAACACCACAUGUAUUAACAACGAAAUACAAACUAGCUAACGUAUCAAAUUAAGUCAUGGACAAGAUUUCUAAAUUUCUAAACAGUUGUAAUAUGAACAAAGAGAUUAGUUCACCGUAUUGACCACAAGUUAAUACUGUAGCUGCGUGUCCAGGUCAACACACCGGGAUUUGAGCUGUGAUCAUCAACACGGAACUAGGAUAUAUCAUCAUAAUUACAAAUGGUCAGCCAAGACCUUUCACAUCAACUGCAGGGUGCUUUAAUAAACAAAUUUUGUCUGUAAAUCAAAUCCUGUGGGGAAUUGGCCUUUAGUCAGCGCUUAUCUUUCUGGGGACUUAUUGUUUUAGUCAAUGUUCGAAAGUAUGAUAAAUACAAUUGAUAAAUAAUUGGAAAGAUUUAUGCCACAAGCAUUCUGGUUAGGUAUUAGCUUUAGUUCUGUGUAAAGACUUCUUCGGCGAAGAGGCGACCAUCGUAAUCAUUCUGAAAACCUCGUCUGCUUACGGAUUCUUCAGUAUUCCACUUCGGAAAUUAUUAAAUGAAGCAGUAUGAUGUGGACACUUACAUUUAGAAGCAUUACAUAUAGCGCCCAAUAAAUCAGUAUUUUGUACACCGCGACAAAUUGGUAUCAUGCGUUCUGGUGCACAUGUAAGGAUAGGGGUACCGGUUCCUCUAAAAUGGUCAACAGCCAAUUAUAUUACUGCAAAGUCAGCUGGUUAUUAACCUACUAAUAAUGAAAUCAAUCUUAUUAUAAAGAUUUAACUUGUUUAAAGUCUGGGUCUGCUCCUCCAACAAUUUGUUUUAAAUAUGCAUUCUCAAAGUUAAAAGUGUCAUAUUUCGCUAUUUAUAAUAAUGUCAUCCAACCAGUGUAAACAAUCAUUUUCUUAAGAUUUUUUUGCAAAAACAUACUUCAUCGCGUUUUCAUUAAAAUACCAGCCAGUUCUUUGUCAAUAUGGAGAUGCAAAAUAAAAUUCAUAUUGUGACGUCACACACUUACUUGUCAGUCACCAGUAUUGGGUUUUGUAGUAAUACAAAUGUAUAAACAGUAGUGAAUGACAUUACUUUGAUGGUCAUGCAUUUUUAAAGUAUAAUCUUUUCUAAAAAAAAACGAAGAUGUUGGUCAUAAUGUAACUUCGAGACUGCCUUGUAAACUCUUCAUUGUUUGAAAUUAAAAUGCUUUCGAAUUAUAAAUCACGUCAUUUCCCAUUGAAAUGGAACAAAAGAAAACAAAAACAAAAACUAUUUAAAAAUAAUGUUUCACCAAUUUCGCAGCGAUCAACCAUUUUCGAUAGUUAAGAUAAGAUAUAUUCUUUAUUUUCUUAAUCCAAACAGUUUAUGGAAAUAUUCCAUCGCCGUUUCCUUUCUGGCUUUUUGUUUUCUUCCGAAUUUAUAACUAGUAAUCCCGAGGUCAAGAUGAGCGCACCUAGGAUUACCUAAUCCUGGAGAAACGAUCUUAAAAAACUUAAAUACGUUAUUUUUUAAAAAUGUAUAUGGCCGAAUAAGCCUGAAAAAUUAAACUGUGAUUAUAUCGAAUACUGUUGAGACUCUUCGUGUUAAUAGUUUUGCUAUUAUUUUUAUAAUAGCACAAAUGUUGGCAUUAACAUCUGUCUGCUUUUAAUGGUAUAUGCAUACAUAUGUCUUUCUCUCUCUCUCUCUCUCUCUCUCUCUCUCUCUCUCUCUCUCUCUCUCUCUCUCUCUCUCUCUCUCUCUCUCUCUGAGUGUGUUUUAUAAUGUAGUUCUUUCUUGAAGAAAAGAAAUAAAAAUAUUGUUAUAUUAACUAUA